ACACUCUCUGGGGUCUCUCAUACAUCUCAGUACAGGGGGUUUCACUCUCAUCUUUAUUCACAGAUCCCGGAGACACCAGAAACACUCAGAGAGACCUCAAGGAUGAGGAGGAGGAAGAAGGAAGUGUGGAAUUUAAAGAGGAAGUUUCUCCAGGGAUCAGCACAGACCACGGAGACACCAGAACCACUCAAAGCGACCUUAAAACUGAGGAGGAUGAAGGUAGAUGUAUGAGGUUCAAGCAGGAGGACAUUUCUAUAAAGAUUUGUACAAGUGGGGAUAUAGAAGAUGAUGAGAUCACAUCCAAUUCUUCAGAUGAAAAUCUCAGGACUUUAAAUUUCCAACAAGCACCUCACUGUGCCAAUAUAUUACCUGAUCCCCAUACGCAUGAUAGGAGAUUUCCUAAUGACACCAGCGAACCUCCUGAAUGUUUUACCAACAGAGAUGAGCUUAUCUCAGUUCGAGGUGUUCAGGAAGGGAAGAAGCCAUGUUCAUGGUCCAAGCCUGAGAACUGUCCUCUCCAGAAAUCGCAUCCUACUACAUAUGAAAAAGCUCUAAAUGCGGAGAAGCCAUUUUCCUGUUUACAAUGUGGGAAAUUUUUCACUCGACGAUUCAGUCUUAUCGUCCAUCAGAGAACCCACACGGGUGUAAAGCCGUUUUCAUGCACGCAGUGCGGGAAGUGUUUUGCUCAGAGGUCAAACCUAGCAGCCCACCAGAGAACUCACUCUGGAGAAAAGCCUUUCCCCUGUUCUGAAUGCGGCAAACGUUUUCCUAGUAAGACAUCUCUUUUCAGACACCAACAAGUUCAUAUGACGGACCAGAGAACUCAAUUAACCGAGAAGCCAUUUACAUGUCCGGAAUGUGGGAAAGGUUUCACCUGGAGAACCAGGCUUAUGGUUCACCAAAGAACUCACACGGGGGAUAAACCUUUCUCAUGUUCAGAGUGCGGGAAGUGUUUUUAUUUUAAAUACUUACUUCAUGAACAUCGUAGAGCACACACAGGUGAGAAACCGUUUUCCUGUUCAGAAUGUGGGAAAUGUUUUACCUGGAGAACCAGGCUUAUCGUACAUCAGAGAACUCACACAGGAGAAAAGCCCUAUUCGUGUUCGGAGUGCGGAAAGUGCUUUUAUUUUCGAUAUUUACUUAUUGAACACCAUAGAGCUCACACAGGAGAGAAGCCAUUUUCAUGUUCGGAAUGUGGAAAAUGUUUUUCCCAGAAAGAAUGUCUCGUCUCUCACCUGAGGAGUCACACUGGCGAGAAGCCAUAUUCAUGCUCAGAAUGUGGAAAGUGUUUUUCCUCUAAACAUUUACUCACAGUUCACCAUAGAGCUCACACAGGAGAGAAGCCCUAUUUGUGUACGGAAUGUGGGAAGGGUUUCGCUAAAAGGGCCUAUCUUGCUAUGCAUCAGACGACUCACACCGCAGUGAAGCCGUUUUCUUGUUCCAAAUGCAGGAAAUGUUUUAGUCGGAAAUCGACUCUUCUAACGCAUGAAAAAACUCAUACACGGGAGAAGGUGUUUUCGUGUUUGGAAUGUGGGAAAUGUUUUACAGAGAAAGGAAAUCUGGCAGCACAUCAGGCGGUUCAUACCGGCAAUCUUCCGUUUUCCUGUUCCGAGUGUGGGAAAGGUUUUACCAAUAAAUCAAAUCUGACGGCCCAUAGUCGAGUCCACACCGGAGUGAAGCCAUAUUCCUGCUCUGAAUGUGGGAAAUAUUUUACUAGAAGGUCAUCUCUGAUCAGACAUGGAAAAGUUCACACAGGAGAGAAACCGCAUUCGUGCUCCGAUUGUGGUAAACACUUUGCUGAAAAGUCGUGGCUGACUAGACACCAGAGAUCUCACACGGGGGAGACCCCAUUUUCUUGUUCCAAUUGUGGAGAAUGUUUUUCGUGGAAGUCAUCUCUCAUCAGACAUGAGAGAGUUCAUGAAGGGGAGAAGCCCAGCUUGUAAUUUGAAUAUGCAAAAAUAAUCUAUGUAUCUGCUAUCAUGUAAAGCAGGGGUCUCAAGCCCAUGGGCUGCAUGCGGUCAGCUCAAGAGGGCUAUGCAUGCGGCCCAACACAAAAUUGUAAACUUGCAGGUAUGUCUGGAGGGAUGUCGGUUAAUGUCUGGAGGGAGGCAGUGUUUGGCAUUGCACCCACGGUGGUGGCUGGCACAGACAAGCGGGGCCUACGAACGUCUGAGGGGGUGCUGUGUUUGCAGUAGCAUUGGCGGCACAUGCUGGGAUUCCCACUAGCUACGACCAGCCAUGUAAGUGCCACAUGGUCAGUCCCAGGUGACCCCUCCCCAGAUUUCACUAGCACCCAGCACCCUCCAACAUGGCUGGACUGGGACAAAAAAUUGGCCCUGGCAUUCAUCCAGACCGGCCCACUUUGACAGGUCUCUCCCACGGCGG